AAUGGCUUCAUCAUGCUACAGUUCAGUGCACAUGCAGGACAUUUGCACAAAAGAAUCUCAUUAUUGGCCUAUAUCUGCUUUUGUGUUUAUAAAGUCUCUUGGGGUUGCUGGAAAGCCCACCUAUUUCAUUUUCCAUUUUACCUACCUAGGGCCGUAGGGCCGUAGUUCUAAGGCGCCGCCGUAGUCUUUUCAGUGAGGAUGUCUUCGAUUCGGAUUUCAUGGAUAUUCUGUUUCUUUAACUGUUUUAUAUUCUUAACGUCGUCCAGUGUUAGCCGUCCUGGGGUUCGAACUUUGUUAACAUCAAGAGGGCUCAAUUUUGGUAAGUGAAUAUGAAAACUGAGGAUUAUAAAUAGGGUCGUACAAUUACCUGUCAGAAAAAUACAAUUAGAACUUUUAUUAUACGAACUCCCCCCGAAACGUUGAGGUUGUAAAAAAUACAAGCAGAACUUCGACGUGUCGAGCGAAGGCUCCUCGUUGGGUGCGCAAAUUCCAAACUUUCCAGUCAGGGAAAAAUCUGCAGCUUUCUUAUUACCGUUCGAGAAGUAAAUACACUGUAAUAUACCUGUUGCAUUUUAUUAAAUACAAAGUGUCUAUUCAGCCGACUAUUUAGUAAACUGCUGGCUAUAUAGUGACUAUAGUUAACUAUAAAAACUUUUGUUUGCACUAGCUUUUACCAAGCUUGUACCUGGUUCCAGAGGCUCUUUGCGAGGCGAAAGAGGCGAGAAGGAAGAGCCUCUGGUCACAUCGGUUGCAAAUCCCACUUCCACACUUGAUUAGGUUCAGAAUUUGAAUCUUGCAUGUGAUUGGCCAUUUGUAAAAAUAUGUCCUACCGGUUUGGGAAAUAAAUAUUACUGUAAGCUAAUUGUAGCUAUAAUAAUUGUCUGAACAAAAAUAUAAACCAGCCAUACUUUUCGCCGAACAUAACUUCGGCCCCUUUGGACAUAUCAAUAGCACUGUGUAGAGUGUUAUUUUUGAGCUUGCAUCUUCAAAUUUGCACCUUUUAUCACGGUAUAAUUUCCAUUUCUGGCCCGACUGUGAGCCAACCGGAAAUGUGACAUUUGUGCUAUGACUCUGGAAAUGCCAGAAAUUGAUUCCAAAGAUCACUCAGAGUGCACACCUAUGUUUUUAUCUGCUCAAUGCCUUUUAUUUCCUGGUGCUACUAUUCAGUAGAUGCAUGUAUGCCACAGCAGCUAGGCCUAUGUUUACAAAUGGCCAAUCACAUGCGAGAUUAAAUGCAUGGGGCACCGAAAUUGCACAAAAUCACCGAAAGCACACACAAAAGUGCCAGUCCGAAUUAUAAUUUUUCAGAUCUGAUUGCCCAUUAUGAGAAAAAAGAGAUGGAAUAAUGAAAUUGUUUGAUACAUUGUUGUUGACUCAUCGUUUAUACUUCACUACCAUUUGCAAGCCACCGUUAAGCGUUACUUGUUUCCUGCCUCGUACCCAGGUGCCUUGUAAUGUGCUACGCCGCCGUGUGACACACACGCGGGAUGACACACGUUGGAGAAUCAAAUAUAUAUCUAUUCGGCCCACGCAAAAAGACCACACAAGCCACAUAUUGCACCUGGGUACGAGGCUGACUUGUUUCAACCGCGUUUUGACAGCUGUUUGACAAGUCACACCUCCUAAGACGUGUGAAAAAGAUUUUGCAUCGACCCAUCCCGCUGCGCCGAAGAGCUGUUCACCUUUGCACCUUCAUUCUCGAAGUUCAACUGCUUCCUUUUCAUUUUUCCCAAAGAAAGAAAGGAAGAUUUUCACAAUGUAGAUGUUUCUGAUUCUGAAGAAGAAUAUUAUGAUGAGAACAAUCAUGAUGAUUCAGAUCAUGAUGAAGAAUCAGACGAAGACACCUGUCGCAUCCUCAUUACCACCUGGGCGAUGCAUAUCCCACACAGGGUUCGUACGGGUAUGGGAAAACCUGGAAAGUCAUGGAAUUUCAAUAUUCCAAAAUCCAGACCUGGAAAUCCUGGAAAAUCAAUUUUAGUCAUGGAAAGUCAUGGAAAAUUGAAAUUUUACAAAACAUUAACAAAGUAUUUUACUUAUUUCAAUUUACCAGUCAUAACAAUAAUAUGAAUUGUUGUUAUAUAAUGGAUUUUUGCAAGAGCGAAGUGAAUUUUGUUCUUUUAUUAUAUCUGUUAUCGUUAAAAUAUUAACGAAUUUCAGACAUUCCAGACUUCCAGGUCAUGGAUUUUGAAAAAAGUGGUCAUGGAAAAGUCAUGGAUUUUUAAAUGGGAGAAGGUGUACGAACCCUGCCCACACUUUGUAAAGUGUACGUGAUUGCGGUUGCAAUCUUAUCAGUUCUGCCACUGCUGAGUGGUCAUUCUCAGAACUUAAGAGAGUGAAAACUUGAUUCGAUCAACUAUGUCGCAAGAACGAUUGAAAGACUUACUAACUUUUGAUGGCUGCUGAGCGGGGAAUUAUACAAUCUCUGGACAAAGAGUGUAUUAUUGACGUGUUUGCAAAGACGUCAGUGUAUAACUAUCAAAAGCACUUGUCACUUUUGUAAAUUAACAUUUUUUUUACAAAAUCAAACUUUGUCCUUUAUAGAACUAGAAAACUAUGUAUCCAAAUAUCCAAUUGGUAUAUAUCCAAAUAUCCAAUACCUUUACUCCCCAAUGCAUUUGCAGUUUAUUGAUCUAAAUCAUUUUGUCGAAAUGCAAGAAAUGGCUUUUCAGGGACUAUUGAUUUCAAAAUUUUCCAAGGGCAUGCCCCAGGCGCAUCUUGUGUCUAUGACGCUCGCCCAUAUACAAAUUACAAGGAAGAAAUUAAGGGGACGCCAAAUUCCCAGUUGGUGUCGGGCCUCCCCUGACGAACACAGGCCAGCACGCCACUGAUUUAAUUAAUUGUAUUAUCAUGUUAUAUACUUAUUAUAUUAUAUACUGUAUAAAAUGUUUGUAAGUAGUUGUACAUUAUCCUUGAAGAGUCUAUAGACCUCAUGGAAACUAGCAUUUUCUAACUGAGGAUCUUUUCAAAUGCAAAUACAAAAUGGAUAGAAAGUGUCGGUUAAACCACAGGCCAAAACCGUGAAACUUCUUGUCUUCCCUCCUGGAUCAACACGAGCACAUAUGUUGCCCUGUAUAAUCUGUAUGUUCUGCUAUAUUCAUUAUCGAUGUGACCCAUACCGCGAUUGAGAUAGACUGACCUGCGUGGAAUGAGUGUCCAUAUCUUUCAGCAAUAGCAAAGGCGGCUAUCAUUGACCGUUUAGCUCUACUCAUAUUCGCUUGAUUGACUUUGCAAUCUUCUUAAGUCUGAUUGGAGAGGGGGUGGGGGCUGUGCGAGGGGAUUAAAAGUUUGCCUAAAUUUGUAAGAAGGAUUGUAAUGAAAUAACCUGAAUUAUAUAUUUGCCCAAAUUUUGUUGAAUUUUCACAGCAUUGCCCAAAUUUUCUUGGUUUUUUAGUUCAUUUUUUUUGAGGGGGAGUUGCCUCCUGUCUCAUACGGCUAUGGUAAUAAUAGUACCUCUAAAUCAUAAGUAAACACUUGGAUGCCUUCUGACUUUGCCCACAUUGAACUAAGUGCCAUCAUUAUACGAGAUGUUUGCCCUUUUCUUCCUCACCAAAAACCGUCAGCCUUGUCGUUAGAGUUUUAUAAUCCCCUUUCGUUUUGGUGCAUGGCAGCAUUUGACAAUCUUUUAUUAUUUUUAGUUCGAAAACUUGCUGUGCCAGUCAUUAUAAAGAAAAUUAACAACUUGGAAAUUUUACCUAUAACUGGCAACGUCGACUUUUUUUUUGGUAACCUUAAUUAUAAGUUUAAAAAGUAA